UUUUUCAAACACCCCGAACGCAGCAUAAGGAAGAUGGCGGCGCCCUGUCAAAGAAUGGCGAGUCGGACCUUCUUACAGUUUUUGUCAAAUUUUAGCAGGGCACCCGUUCGGAAAGUAGGGUUUCGCCAGUUUUCUGUCGCUCCUGUUUGUCGAGCGUCUCCUCAGUCGAGCAUUGUCACGGAAAGAACAACUUCUCCCUGGACGUUGAUGGCUGCAGUGUGUCUGCAAAGGCUCCCGGUCAUUUCAGCGGACUGCAAUCCGAUUGAGCAGCAGUUCAAAGAGAUGAUGCAGCAGAUGGAAUUGGAGAAAAGCUUGCUGUCGGACCACGAGCUGAGGCUGCUGGAGGAUGCCGAGAGGAUGAGUCGUAAGCAGGCAGACGACUAUGACUCAGAUGAAGAGGACAGGGCCGGCGACCAGGAGAUCAUGUUGGCUCAGGAUUUGGAAGACACCUGGGAGCAGAAAUUGAAGAGUUUCCAGCCAGCGCCCAGGGUCAAUGCUGAUGUGGAUAAGGACCUGACCUCGUUGGAACGCUGUCUGGCUGACUCUCUGGUUCUUCUGGCCGAGCAGCAGGUGGGUGGAGAGACGCGGUGGCUGCUGCCACAAGCUCCGUGGCAGGAGGGAGAAACACUUCGACAGACGGCUGAGAGAGCUCUCUCCUCCAUGCCAGCGGCCGGUCUCAGGGCGACCUUCCUCGGAAACGCCCCCUGCGGAGUGUACAAGUACAAACUGCCCAAAGCCGCUCGGACGGAGAGCUCAGUCGGAGCCAAGGUGUUCUUUUUCAAAGCCAUUCUGGCAGACGGCCCUCCAUCCAAGUCUCCAAACAGCUCUCUGCUGUGGUUGAAGAAAAGUGAACUGCAGCAGUACCUGAAACCAGCGUACAUGAUGAAGGUGGACCGCUUCCUCCUCAGCCUGUGAGACUUCUCAGCCCGCACCAGGGACCCUGACUCAAAGAGCCAUAUUUAUGAGGCUUCUCAUUUGUCAUUCUGUACCAUUAAAUGUACCAUUAAAUUCGUUUUCACACACUGAAAAGCAAAAGGUCAGAGUAAAACAUGACGAUCAAUGUUGUUGUCUGCGGUUGAAAAGAAAGAAGAAAAUAAAUCUUGAUGAUCUCAUUGACGAUCAUUUUAUGAACGAACAAAAACGCAUUUCAAACUCAAAAAAAUUAACUGGAGUCUUUGUGAGAACAUUUAAACCAAGCUGCUAACAAAAUAAGUUAACUCAGGUUUGGCUAGCUGAGCCAGCUGAGCUUUCUUCCAUGUGAAGACUUUAGUGUUCCUUUAAGAUAACAAUCCUUUAAAAGAAAAAAUGGUUACUGUUAACCUACUUUACUAAAAAGAAGCAAAACUUGCC